AUCGUUCUAUCUUAUUUUAUGUUCAAUGAAUAACAAAGAUAGAACGACACUUGUGUCGAUUUGUGUCAUUAAAUGGAAAGCACCCAAUAACUGUCUUGUGUUUUAUGUCUUAUAAUGGCAAUAUCGAAGAUGGCAAAAAGAGGCGAAAAAUAAAACGCAAGGUGAAGAGUAUCAUCAGUAUUAUCUGUUCGCAUUGGGAUCUUAUAGAAGAUCUGAUCUAUUUAGACUUGAUCUACGUCAAUUAAUUACUACACUGAAGAUCAUUACUUGAAUAUAGGAUUGGUGCAGUCAUUCCGACUUUGUCUGUUUCUACAUUACCAAAGUACUUAUAGUUAAAUUAAAAUGGGAGAUCACGAAUAUUUUGGAUCAAAUGUAUAUAUAUCCAAUGAAGAAUUAAUAGAAACAGAAGAAAUUUCUAUGGAAGAAAAAGCCGGUGAUGCUUUUCUAAUUAAAUUGUACAGAGCACGUCCAUUUUUUUAUAAUAAGGGACACAAAGAUUAUAAGAAUAAGAUUGUUAAGGAUACCGACUGGAAUAAAAUUUCUAAAAUAAUGCAAAAUAAAGAUUAUGGUAAAUCGUAAUUUUUAUACACCUGAUUAUUGUCAAACCAGAUGCACAUCUCUGAGAAAUCAAUAUAAUCGUGAGAAACGAAUCUUAGAGAGCCAAUAUAAGAGUGGAAGUGGUCCUUCUAGUCAUAAGCUCUUUCCGUUUUAUAAUCAGUUAACUUUUCUUGACACUUAUGUCAGGAGACGAAGAACGCAUAAUAAUAUUGAAGUGAAUAAAAGUUUAAUAUCUUCUACAUUGUCUGCUAAAGUAUUAAGUGAAAUUUCGAAAUCCGAUCCAAAUGAAGUACUUGACAAUGAAAAGUCAAAUGAUUCCAUAUACAAAGAAGAUAACGGUGAAAAGAAUAAAGAAAAUAUGUUAGAAAAUACUUCACGUAAUGUAACACAUAAACGUACAAUAACAGAAAAAGAGUCAUAUGUGUUACAUACAAAACCUGUUAAAUAUAAGAAAAGCAAAGUAGAUGAAACUAAAGAAUGUAAUGACAUAUUUACAUCGGUAAGCCAGAAAAUCAUUAGUGCUUUAGAUAACAAAAAUAAGAGCAAUGAAAACGAAGCAUUUGCUGAAUUUAUUAUUGCUCAUUUGGCAAGUCUUCCACAAUCUCAACAAAAUAUUAGAAAAAGAAUGAUAACUGAUGCUCUAUUUUCCCCAUUACAAGAGAUGUAAUAUUUAUUUGUAUUUUUUGCAAUCUUAUUAACUUCAAUAUUUUUUUUGCAUUAAAGCAUUAUCUUUUUGUUACAUUAUGUGAUAUUGUAAAAAUUGUAAUACGCAUAUAAUAUAAAAAAGGUAGAGAGAAAGUUUAAAAUAUUGUUUUAAAUUAGUGGUUGUAGUUUCUUUUUAGUACUAAAUAAAAUGCUAUAUUUUUGUUAUUUACAUGCUUAAAAUAUAUUUAUAAAUAUAUUUUAUUGAAGAUUUUUUUAUUAUGUAAUACUAAUGUAACGUGAUA